UGUGAAAACUUGCUUAGUUCUUGCUUCUGAGUGACUACAGCAGCUGGGCAGAGUUGUGGGGAGGCUGUUAUAGAACCUCACUAUUUCCCAGUUCCCCUGCAAUUUGCAGCUUCCCCAUGUCUCCAUUGGCCUCUGGAUACAGAGAAAACGGAAGCAGUAAGCAUGGGGGCAGCAAACCAAAAUGAGGAUUGGAGGGAGAAACUGGAACAGGUUGUGGGUAGCAAAAGUAUGGAGGAAGGGCAUGUAUUUGGUUAUAGGGGCAGGCCAUAUUCAUGAGGAAAAUGGCACUGUUGUGGACUGCAGGGGAGAAGGUGUCAGAAAUGGGCCUUGACAAAACAAGGGGAACUUCCCACAGGGUGGGAUGAGUGUUUUGCAGAAUGGACUAGGGGGUGUUCAGAGGAGGAGUGUGGGAAGAGGACUGUAGGCCGAAUGCAGAAUAGCAAGAUCUUGGGAAUUAAGGGGGAAAUCACGCCUCUCCCCUUCCAGCCCUGAAGUUAAUGAGUCUGGGGUAGGAAAUUAGUGAAGGCUGGAUUCAGUGGAAUGAAGAAUGCUGCUGCCCUGGAUCUCUCCUCACAGGUGGAUAUCUACAUUAUGGCACAGCCCCUGUCAGGGAAAUGGGUCCACUACGGCACAGAGGUGACGAGUGGCAGUGGGAGGCUCUCCUACACCCUCGCCGAGGAGAAGAUGCUGGGCAUUGGCAUGUACCCUGUCCGGAUGGUGGUGAGGGGUGAUCACACCUAUGCCGAGUGCUUCCUGACUGUGGUAGCCAAGGCCACCCCUUGUGUUGUUUUUAGUAUCGAUGGCUCCUUCACAGCCAGUGUCUCCAUCAUGGGCAGCGACCCCAAGGUGCGUGCUGGAGCUGUCGACGUAGUAAGGCAUUGGCAAGACUCCAGCUUCAUGAUCAUUUAUGUGACUGGGCGUCCAGACAUGCAGAAGCACCGAGUGGUGGCUUGGCUGACCCAGCACAACUUCCCCCAUGGCAUCGUCUCUUUCUGCGAUGGCCUCACGCAUGACCCGCUCCGCCAGAAAGCUGCCUUUCUGCAAGGCCUUCAGCAAGAGGCAGAGGUAACCAUUGUGGCUGCCUACGGAUCCACCAAGGAUAUCUCGGUCUACAGCUCUUUAGGGCUCCCUCCUACUCAGAUCCACAUUGUGGGCCGGGCUGUGAAAAAAUUACAAAGCCAGUGCCAGUUCCUGUCGGAUGGCUACGUUGCACACCUGGCACAGCUGGAAGCAGCGUCGCUUGCCCACUCGCCAAAGGGGACGACGAGGCCUACGCUGGGCAAAGGCAGUUACGGCUGCCCUGCUCCCGUCGACUUCCUGCGCAAGCAGAGCCAGCUGCUGCGCUCUCGGGGACAGAGCCAGGCCGAGCGGGAGGGACCGGGGAACGCCCAGCCCCGAGCCAAGACACGCAGUGUCAGCCUCAAGUUAGAGAGUGAGGAGUAAGCCCGUGUGGGAAAGUCUCUGCAUUUUCUGACUUGCAGUGGCUGGUGCCAGGAGCAGGCUGAUGAGAAGCCACCAGCGUGAGAGAAGGGAGCCAAGGACACCAGGCACAGAGAGAGAGAGAGAGAGAGAGAGAGAGAAGGCGAGGGCUCUGCUCAGCAGAGGCUGCAAACUGAUAAGCGGUGCUGCUAAGAUAAGGAGGAGCGAACAUCUAUAUAAUCCCAGAGGCUGCAUCCGUUCCUAUCAAUUCCACCUCCUGGCUUCUGCUUGCGGUCUCACUGGACCCACGGUUCGGCCACAUCCUUCCGCUCAUACCUCCUGGGGGUAGUGGGGCGGCGGGUGAAGGGGAGUGUGCUCAUAUUACCCUGACUUAAACUGUGUUACGUUGUCUGUGAAUUGACUGUUCACAUAGCUCCCCUUUUUCCGGGUUUGUGAGGUUUCUCAAGACUAGGAGAUUUUCCGCUCUCCCAGCUCGAUGCUGUGUGAGUCAGUAGUGGUCCCAGCCUGACCCAUUUCCCAAGGCUUCCCGUAUCCCUCUGUGGUUUCAGUAGGGUGGGUGGUUAGGGAAAAUAUAGGCGUCAGGUAUCCCAGUCGUACCAGUACUGUAAAGGCUGAGCGCCUUGCUCCAGCCUCUGGUCCAGCUCAGUCCUGCCUUUGCCCUGGUCUUUGGGUGUUGCAUGAAACUGCCCUCGUGCAUCUCUUAUGUCCAGGGUGAGAGCACAGGAUGGCUGGGAAUACAGAGGAAUUGACACUCCCUCCUUGGCACAGGAAGGCUUGAUAUUUAUUUCAUUGUGAGAGAGUUGCGUGGAGGCAGGGAACAGAAUCCUGUUUUGGAGGAUAUUACGGAGGUUUUACAUUUAUCUUUAAAUGUGUUAUAAAAGUCAAAAUUUAAAAAACCUUAAAA